AUGGUAUUGGGGUUUUCCCGUUCUCGUUAUCAUGUUCCCUUACAACUUAUCGGCACCUUCAUAGCUACACUGGGUUAUUUUCUUGGCCACUCUCAUGAAGGUCGUCAAUUUGCCAGUGAUACAGCACAUGCUUCGAACGCUUCUUAUGUUAUGCUUAUGCUUAUGGUACAAGUUUGUCUCGGUUUAUAUCUGAAAUGCCAUUUAAAUAAUGGUGCUCAUCAGUGGAUUAGACCUAUGUGUGUCAAGUUUCACAAAGUGAUUGGCGUUUGUAUGCCAGUUGUCGGAUAUAUACAAAUUGUUUUGGGUGUUAUUACCGCUACUGGAUGGUGUAGGGGAAACAAACUAGGACAAUGCCUCGCUCAUUUUAUAAUGGGUUCCUCGUUUAUGGCUCAUGGAAUACUAUUAAUAUUCGUCAUGAGAUUUUCGACAGAAUGGUUACGUCAUAAAGGAAAAUCACAAGAUUAUUAUGAUAGUUGGGUUAUUAUGAUUUGGGGAUUUAUAAAUACGUUUAUGGAACAUAGAUGGGGUACAAGUUGGACUUCCAGUGAUAUACAAAAUACACUUGUAGGAAUAAUGUGGUGGUCAGGAGGUUUACUCGGCAUUUAUUUAUCCCGCAAAAACGCAAAACGAAAUUUAAUUCCAUCAUUAAUAAUAAUAUUCACCGGCUACAUCCUGAGUCAACAAGCUCAACAAUUAGACAUAUCAUCAGAAAUUCAAAGAAUGUUUGGAUUUACUCUAAUGGGUGCAGGUAUUGCACGAUUGAUAGAAGACCAAAUUCUAUAUCUCUCUACAAAUAGCAUUGACGCAUUUUCAUAUGCACUCAUUCAAAUUACGUUAGCAUUCUUUGUAUUUUUCAUCGUAAACGUAAUGAUUGACAUAUAUUGGAUGUCGGGUAAGAAUGAUGGGGAACCUAAAUAUGAGAUUAUUGGUGAUGUAACGAAUGAAAAUGUUUGUGACAAUUCAAGAGGCAAUAAGGAAAAGGAUGAAUCAAGCAGAAAUGUUUUAGAAGGUAGGAAUGGAAUGGAUGGUGGUGAUGGAGGUAUGGGAUUUACGAGUGGAAAUUCGAGUUUUAUAGAUGAUGGCCAUAUAUCAGUAAAUUUGAACGAUGGAUCGAUGAGAGAUAACAAUGAUAAUAUGGAAAGCGAUGAUGAUGGUCGGGAUGGAGAAAUCGAAAGAAAAUCUGAUGGAUUUGUGUUAAAUUAUUUAUUGGUUAGUCAACAUGCUGAUGAGAGAUCACAAGAUGGCAAGUCAGAUGAGAUGUAA